UACCAGUUGGCAGUAACUGCUUCUGAGGUUCUCGUUGUACCUAGUUCUCACGAUAUUCUUAUGUAGUGAUAAUGCAUGUUUUGAUUAUAUCAGUUCGGUUCUGCAUUUUUGAUUUAAAUUCUUCUUUUCUUUUAUUCCAGGUAGUUGAAAUUCUUUUAUUUCCAUUAUAUUUGGAUUUCUUGCAUUGAUGGAGAAUGGAUUUAAAAACCUCACUUUAAAUGGAAACCAAAAACGUAGUGACUACAUAUCAUGGGAUGAAUAUUUCAUGUCUAUAGCACUGUUGUCUGCUAUGCGUAGUAAAGACCCUUCGACUCAAGUGGGUGCUUGUAUAGUUAAUGAAGAAAAGAAAAUUGUUGGAAUAGGUUAUAAUGGCAUGCCUAACGGUAUUUCAGACGAUGAUGUUCCUUGGGGAAAAGAAUCAACAUGUCAACUGGAGAAUAAAUAUCUUUAUGUUUGUCAUGCAGAGUUGAAUGCAGUACUGAAUCGUAACGAAGCUCAAUCUAAAGGUUGUACAAUAUUCACAACAAUGUUCCCAUGUAAUGAAUGUGCUAAAGUGAUUAUACAAACGGGAAUUAAAGAAGUGGUGUAUUAUUCGGAUAAGAAAAAUGGAACAGAAUCUAACCAAGCAGCUAAAUAUUUAUUUAAUAAAGCCGGUGUCAGCCUAAGAAAAUUCACUCCAACAAAUCGAACUAUCAAUAUUAAUCUCAGUUGAUUUUGGAUCUUAACAGGAAAAAGUUUGACCUGUAAUAGACUGUAUAUCCAAAAAAAUUCCUACCCCUUGUAUUCGUAUUACAGUUUAAUUGACUAAAUACUGAUCGACAAUAAUUGGAC